AUGCACGUGCUGUCGACUGCUGUGCUACUCGGCUCAGUUGCCGUCCAAAAGGUUCUGGGAAGACCAGGAUCAAACGGCCUAUCCGGCGUCACAAAACGAUCUGUGGAUGACUUUAUCAACACGCAGACUCCCAUUGCACUAAACAACCUUCUUUGCAAUGUUGGCCCUGAUGGAUGCCGUGCCUUUGGUACAUCGGCCGGUGCUGUGAUUGCAUCUCCGAGCACAACUGACCCAGACUACUACUACAUGUGGACGCGAGAUAGUGCUCUUGUCUUCAAGAACAUUGUCGACCGCUUCACUCAGCAGUAUGAUGCCGGCCUGCAGCGCCGCAUCGAGCAGUACAUUUCUGCCCAGGUCACUCUUCAGGGCAUCUCAAACCCCUCUGGCUCUCUCUCGGACGGGUCCGGUCUUGGUGAACCCAAGUUUGAGUUGACUUUGAGCCAGUUCACUGGCAACUGGGGUCGCCCGCAGCGCGAUGGCCCAGCUCUCCGAGCCAUUGCCUUGAUUGGUUAUUCGAAGUGGCUCAUCAACAACAACUACCAGUCAACGGUGUCAAAUAUCAUCUGGCCCAUUGUGCGGAAUGACCUCAACUAUGUUGCCCAAUACUGGAACCAAACCGGUUUCGACCUGUGGGAGGAAGUCAAUGGUAGCUCGUUCUUUACCGUUGCCAACCAGCACCGAGCUCUUGUUGAGGGCGCCACACUUGCUGUCACCCUCGGCCAGUCGGGAAGCACCUAUUCCUCAGUUGCGCCUCAGAUCCUGUGCUUCCUCCAAAGAUUCUGGGUGUCGGGUGGAUACAUUGACUCCAACAUCAACACCAACGAGGGCAGGACUGGAAAAGAUGCCAACUCUCUUCUCGCAUCUAUCCACACGUUCGACCCUAGCCUUGGCUGUGACGCCUCUACCUUUCAGCCUUGCAGCGACAAAGCUCUCUCCAACCUCAAGGUUGUUGUAGACUCCUUCCGCUCCAUCUACGGUGUCAACAAGGGCAUUCCCGCUGGCUCUGCUGUCGCCAUCGGCAGAUACCCCGAAGAUGUGUACUUUAACGGAAACCCCUGGUAUCUCGCCACGUUUGCUGCUGCCGAGCAACUUUACGACUCCGUCUAUGUCUGGAAGAAGACAGGCUCCAUCACGGUGACUUCAACUUCUUUGGCCUUCUUCCAGGAGCUCGUUCCCGGUGUCGCGGCUGGAACUUACUCCAGUAGCCAGUCUACCUUCACGAGCAUCAUCAACGCCGUCUCAACAUAUGCUGAUGGAUUCCUCAGCGAGGCUGCCAAAUACGUUCCCGCUGAUGGUUCGCUCGCCGAGCAGUUCGAUCGCAACACCGGCACACCUCUGUCAGCUGUUCACCUGACCUGGUCGUACGCCUCGUUUCUCACCGCCGCGGCCCGUCGGGCUGGCGUUGUCCCCCCCUCGUGGGCCAGCAGCGGCGCUAACUCAGUUCCUUCAAGCUGCUCGGGAGCUUCUGUGGUUGGAUCCUACUCGCGUCCUACAGCCACGUCAUUCCCACCAUCGCAGACCCCCAAGCCUGGCGUUCCUUCUGGUACUCCCUUCACUCCCAUUCCCUGUGCUACCCCGACUUCCGUUGCCGUCACUUUCCACGAGCUUGCCACAACGCAGUUUGGUCAGACUAUCAAGGUCGCUGGUAGCGCUCCCGAGCUGGGCAACUGGAGCACGAGCGCGGCCAUUGCUCUGGAUGCCGUCAACUAUGCCACUAACCACCCUCUGUGGAUUGGAUCGGUCAAUCUGGAGGCCGGAGACGUUAUCGAGUACAAGUACAUCAACGUGGGCCAGGAUGGUUCCGUCACCUGGGAGAGCGAUCCCAACCACACCUACACUGUUCCUGCGGUGGCCUGUGUCACUGAGGUGGUUAAGGAGGACACCUGGCAGUCAUAA